AUGGCUGAUGUUAACGUGUCAGCACAUGAAUCCACACAGUAUUCUUUUGAGACAUCUUGCGAUAGAACUGGUGAGGAACUUAAUUACUCUCCUUUAAAAGAUGAGCAGAUACAAGGAGAUAUCACUAAAGAAUUCACAGCAAAAGAGAUAACAUCUCAUUUUGAGGGCUCAUAUGCUGAUCUAGUUGUAUGUGAUGGAGCACCUGAUGUGACUGGCCUACAUGACUUAGAUGAAUAUAUUCAAUCUCACCUUCUACUUGCAGCUCUAAAUAUUACGACACAUGUAUUGAGUACUGGUGGUACUUUUGUUGCUAAGAUAUUUCGUGUGUAUUGUGUUAAACCCCGUAGCAGUCGUAAUUCAAGUAUUGAAUCAUUUGUCGUAUGUGUUAAUUAUAAUCCUCCAACUGGUUACAUACCGUCAAUGGACAAUCCACUUUUGCAGACUAACGCAUUCAACCUGUCAAGUUUACCAGAAGUCAAUAAAUCUGUUGUGCCAUUCAUAGCAUGUGGAGAUCUUAGUCAGUUUGACUCAGAUAUGACAUACCCUCUUGAAGAAGAUUGUUGUCUCCCUCCAGUGCAAGCUCCAAUUAAUCCUCCAUACAAGAUGGCAUGUACUAUGAAACAUGGUGACAUUACUAGUGCUAUGAAUAGACUGGGUUUAGAAGACCGUGAUGAUUCCUGUACAAUUACAGAUAAAAGCCAUGAGUUGUAAAUAAAAGAAUAAGCCAUUUCAUGUACAUGUAUUUUUCUCUAGUGUUUUUACCUUAUUUAAAAUUUUAUUUAUCCUUUUGGUUCUCGUGCACUCUCUCUCUAUCUCUUUUUAUUAACUGACUUUUAUUAUUAUGUCCAUGUGUGCUCUUUAGUCAUGGCCUCCUUUAGUGAUUAAAUCAAAAGUAAUG